AUGAGCGGCCUCCUCACCGGAUCGGCAUUCACCAAACAAUUCCCAUCCAUCGACACCACCGACGACGGCAACGGCAGCUCGUCGCUCCAAGGCACCGUGGUGGCCAUCUACGAGAUCGGCUGUUUCUUCGGCGCCCUGUUCGCCUUCGUCUUCGCCGAGGCCAUCGGUCGUCGCUGGUCCAUCAUCCUCGGCUGUGUCGUCCUCAGCAUCGGCGCCGCCAUCCAAUGCUCGUCAUAUUCGAUCGCUCAGAUGAUCGUCGGUCGCAUUGUGGCUGGGUUGGGGAACGGCGUCAACACUUCAACUAUUCCUGUUUGGCAUUCCGAACUGAUGAAGCCCACGUCCAGAGGCAAAGGCCUCUCCAUCGAAUUGGCCAUCAACAUCUUCGGCGUCAUGCUUUCCUACUGGGUUGAUUAUGGCAUGAGUUAUGUCACUAGCGAGGCCCAGUUCCGCUUCCCAAUCGGCUUCCAGAUUGUCUUUGCCCUCAUCACCAUUGCGCUCAUGCUUGUUUUGCCUGAGUCACCUCGUUGGCUGAUUGCCCACGGCCGUUCGCAAGAGGCACGCAACAUCCUCUGGCGUCUCCAGGGCGACGUAACCUCCAUCUCACCAAAUAAUCCCAUCAUCGAUACUGAGCUUCGAGAGAUCGAACAUGCCCUCAACGAGGAAAGAGAAGCGGCAGGCAGCACGUCGUUCCUGGCCCUCUUCAAAAGCAGCCCGCAGAGAUUCCGCCGCCGUACUCUUCUCGGCAUCGGCGGCCAAUUCAUGCAGCAGCUGAGUGGGAUCAAUUUGAUUACUUACUACGCCCCCGUGAUUUUCCAGACCUCGGUCGGCAUGUCGCACAACCUAUCUAUGCUUCUGGCCGGCUUCAACGGAGUGGCGUACUUCUUGUCCUCCCUGAUCCCGAUCUGGUGCCUAGAUCGACUCGGUCGGAGGAAGCUGAUGCUGUUCGCAUGUGCCGGCCAAGCAGCUUGCAUGGCCAUCCUAGCGGGCACGGUGAGCAACGGGAACCACGCCUCUGGCAUCGUUGCCUCUGUGAUGCUCUUCGUAUUCAACUUUUUCUUUGCUGUUGGUCUACUGGCUAUACCCUGGUGCCUUCCCGCCGAAUAUGCCCCUCUGGCAAUCAGGACCAAGGCGGCCGCCCUUGCAUCCGCCAGCAACUGGAUCUUCACCUUCUUGGUCGUCGAGAUCACCCCGGUGUCAAUCAACAACAUCGGCUGGCGCACUUACAUCUACUUUGCCGUCUUCAACGCCGCCUUCUUGCCUAUUAUCUGGCUCUUCUAUCCUGAAACGCGCAAUCUGUCUCUCGAGCAAAUCGACAAGCUGUUCACUGGCGAAAAGGUCUUGCUUCAUUGGUUGCCGAGCAUGGACGACCGCGAGGGGUCUUAUGUCGCGGAUGUCAAGGUUGCAAACGACCGCAAGGGGUCCUAUGUCGCCGCGGCCGACGUCAAGGUCGCAAGCGAAGAACAGCCGUCGGUGAUGGAGGAGGAGAUGAGCACGGGAAAUAGUGCAAAGUCUUUGUAG